AUGAUUACCUUGUCUCCUGUGAAGAAGGACUUAGCUACCCGUGUGAAUGUGGGAGAUCUCACCUUGAAUUCCUUGGAUGCGUUUUUUAUUGGUAGAUUUGCAAGGUAGGUCAUCUAUAAAUUCUUUUGUUUUGCUGUCUUUGUUAGUGGAACGUUUGAUCAUGAAUGUUUUGCUUGGGGUACUCGGAAAAGCGAGAUUAUUCAGGAAGCAGAAGUAUAUGAAAUAUUCAGGAUUGAUUGUUUCGUUUCGCAUGUCUGUAAAAUGUGUUUAAUUGUAAUUAAAACAAAUCGGCCAUCAAAUUCCUUUUUUUGAACAUGUGCUGGUUUAUAGGCUGAGUUGUGAGCUGUUUUAAAUCAUUCAAAUUUGUUUUUGACAAAGGGUAACUCUGUAAUAACCUCAAAUUGUUGUAGAAACUUAAAACUAAUGUUCCGCUUCGUUCUGAAAUUGAAUUUUAAAGAACUCUUUAUUAAACAAAUCAUCAACACCAAUAUUUCUCAUAAGCCAACAUUUUGAUCCAAGCUGAUUUGAAUUUCCUGACCCUGCUUAAUGUCUAAAAUGCCAGUUAUUUGGUUAUGAUAGUUUACAGUAAAUGUUUUAAUGGAGGGAAUCCCCCUUCAAAAUGUCUUCAUGAUCAAGUAAAGGUGGCUUCUUAUUAAACUCAUCACUUUCUUAUGUUAUUUAUAUUGUUUUGCUGCAGAUCUAGGAUUUUUUUAAAGGGGUUUUAAUAAUGAAAUGCUGGAAGCUGAAUUAUCCAGGGGGGUUGAGGUACAUGUUGUCUCAGAUUGAGAACAUUCUAGACCUCAUUUUAGACCUCUGGAAUGUGGUUUCUAGGGGGCGAAGAGAGAGUUUUAAUUGUUGAAAGUUAAGCAAAUUUUUGCUUCAGCUGUGGCAUAAUCCCAUUAUUGACCCCGAGCUCCACCUCAUUUAUCAUAAUGUUUCUGCUGCAUUCUCAUGGGUACCUUAUGGAACAUCAUCACUUCAAUUAAAUUGUACUUCCAUGCAAUUUAGAAAUGUUUUUUGUGAUUGUCAUUUAAAGUUCUAUUGUUGUCUGCCAAUCAUGCAGUAUGUUGUAAAUGUUUGAGUUUGCAUUUGAUCUAGACAAAUAUUUAAUGCCGUUAUAAAAAUUUUUUUAAGCACAAUACAAUAUUAAUAUUACUAAAUUUGAUACAUAAGCAGUUUACCUUAAGAAUAUUUGUUGCCUUCACACUAGAGGUUGUAAGUAUAAUUUAAGUGUACUUGGAACUUACUUUGAGUGUGAAGAGGUAAAAGGGGUACCUAGUUCAACUUUACUUAGUGAUCAGGGUGCAAAGAAAGUCAGUUUUACAGCCUGCCAUUUGGGCAAGCUGUAGCUAGCAUGUACUAGCCCACAAGACAUUUCAAGUAGCCCCAAAGCCUUUUUGAUUAGCAGGACUGAUUACAAUCCUUCUGUAAUUUGAAUUUCCCCAAAAAACAGCAUUCGCCCGUCGGGCAAGUUAAGAACAAAAAUCACUAGUCCGAUGGCAAAAUCCACUAGCCCCAGGCUAUCGGACACGACUUUCUUUGCAUGCUGGUGAUCAUGGAAAUGAUCGUACAGUGAACCCCUCCUUAUGGACACCUUGGUAAUACGGUCACCUUGUUAUUACAGCCACUUUUUUUUUGGCCGCCUGGCAAAAACCACCAUACAUUUUCUUGUAAAAAAAACCCUCAUUAACAUGGCCAAAUUUUUUUGGCCCAUUGGUGACUGCAUUAAUGGGGUUCCACUGUAGUUCAAAGAAGCGGAAGUUUGCCGCCAAGUAUGGCCUACACCACACUUGAGAACACACUUGAUCAAUAAGAAGUGGAAGCCAUGUGCACGAUGUGCACUGCAGCGGUUGCAAGAUUCUAAUGAAUGGGCAGAAAAACAAUCAACAGUGGAUCCAUGUUUUGGCUAGCCAAGAGCACUGCAUAAGAGACCAAGCCCAAGCCCUACGGUGAUUAAUCUUUGCAGAAAAACGUGUUGUUGAGCCAUUCUUAAGAAAUACAUAAGACGUUGCGUGUGUUUUUUUUUUGUGUGCCACUGCUAAGUACUUAAAAAACAAAAGUAUGUAAGCAUGUCUUUUAGGGUCAAAACCCUCUGAAUUCAAAGGGACGAAAAAAUAAAUAUGAAAAUGACGACGAAAAAAUCUUUUGCAGUGCCCAGGCCUGUAGCUUCAGUGGUAGUAUUUUACCGUGAGAGAAGAUUGACAGCUUGUGCCAUAGUUAAUGGAGUGGAAUGGUUAUGAAACCCAUCAGCUCCUUGGUAUAUUUUUUUUUGGACCUGAAGGUGCACAACAUUCAAUAGCAUUCCUUGCAUUUUGAUUGUAUCGACCAAUAAAGACGUUGCAUUAAUUUAUUCCAUCGCAAUUAAUGCCAAAAGAAAGCAAGGGAUCGUGCACCUUCAGCGAGCUUCAAACAUAAACUACUGCACUGUUGUUUUUAUAAUAAAUUGAUGUUUGCUGCUUUUCAUAACCAGUCUCCCCUAAUAGCUAUGCUUGUGCUUUAAGUAAUAUACUUUGUCAACCAGUGUGAAGCCAUGUUUUCUACAGAGGUACUUAAUUAAGAUUUCCAAGUGCACUUGAAUCAAGUGCUUACUUGAAAUUAACUUUGCUUCUAAUGUGAAUUAAGCCAAUAAUUGUUAAUGCCUUAUAUGAAUUGAAUUUCACAUAAGUAAAGGUUUAACAAUACAAUACAAUCCACUCUCGAUAACUCGAACCUUCUUGGGAAAUCGAAAAAGGUCUGAAUUAGUGGGAGCUCGAGUUAUUCGAUUUUGGUUCAAGUUAGUGGAAGGUUCGAGUUAUGGGAGUCAACUCUAAUUACAUCAGUAACGUGUUUCAAAUGCACUAAUUUGCCCAUUUGCUGUAAUUUUGUGGUGUUUAUUACUGUACUGGUUUCUUGCAGAUGUUUCUUAGUUUUUCUUCUCAUAACCUCUGUAUCUGCUGAUAGACAUCGCAAGAGAAGUGCUGGUAAAUCAUCUUUGUUAACUCAAUCAGGUUAGAAAAAAUGUUGUCUUCAAUUCCUUUAUUAAUGUAAAACUCACAAAAUUGUGAACAACUAAUAUUUCUAGAAUUUCCAUCAUCAUUCUCAUGGUUGCUUGCGCUUGCUAGUUGUGUUACCACACAAAAAAACUCUUGAUAUGUAACAAUUUUGUUGACAAAAAGAAGACUUGAUAGAAAAAGCGUGACAAAAGAGACAUCUGUAGGUACCCAUAGAGAGGCUCAAAGAUAUGUACUCAUUGCGCUACUAACCAUGCUAUGAACUUUGUAAAAAAAAAAUGUGGGCAAAUUGAUGGCUAAAUUCCAGACUUUGGGCAUAUUGUAACCCCUGAAUUCGUAGCACAAGCCUUUUGUCAUUUAGUGUUCCCUCAUUUCAUACUUACCAGACAUUGAAACCCCUUGUUUUUUAUAUGAAUUUUGCACCUGCUCAUCUCGGAAUACUAAAACAUUUUGUGUUGUUUGUUUGUUUGUUUAGAUACACUUGGAUUAAAUGCUUCAGAUACGCAAAGAUUAGACAACAUUACCAGUGGAAAUCCAACCAAUAAUAUACAUUACAAGGAAGAGACUAGCACUUCAGUGCCACUUUUAUCAGACAGAGACUAUUUAUUAACAAGAAGCCCUUCUCAAUAUGCUUUACUUUUUAACCUCAGACAAAAAUUAGACAGUAGCAGAUUUUAUGUACAUGUGAAUGCUGUCCAAGGAAGUUUAUCUGAAAGUUUAUUUGUUAUUAUAGUUCAAAAUAGGACAACUUUGUUUUACAGUAAUAAUUCUAUAUUUGGCCUGUUUAAAUUAGCAAGUGUAUCAUCAUGGCAAAAAUUAGUAGUAAGCUUUGAUCACAGAGAAAUAUCAUUAACCCAGGAGUGUGCAGAAUUCAGUUACUUACCUCUGCCAAGCAAUCCUAAAUUGGAAGAAUGGGAGAAGAUUAUGGUUACAGCUCAAAUGGAUAACUCUGAAGACAAUGUACAGGUAAGUAUAAGGGUAGUUUCUGUGACACUACUUUUUUGUUUUGUUUAUAUAACCAUCUUAAAAAGUUUUGAUGCACGUUUUGAUCUUGUUAGAUAGACUUGUCACACAAAGAGGAAAAUUAUUCAUCAAAAAUGGGUAGACAAUGCAUGCAUUCCCAAAAACAAAAACCUGUAAAUUAGUACUGCUAAGAUGUAAUGUGUAGUUUCAAAAUUGUGCCACAUUCCAUUAGACAGGGUGAAUUGUGAUAUUUAAACUUCAUCAGCUACUCUGGUUAUCUUGAACUAAUUAACUUUAAAAUCCUCUCUUUUGACGUAAGUGAUCCCUUCCUUAUUUCAAUUAGGAGAACAUUUGUGAACUGUUGCUGGUAGAAUAUGAACAGAACAUUAUUCGAGAAUUCUGUCACACACCUUUAUCCAGUAAUUGCUCCAGCAGUGGAAAUUUCAGUGCCAAACAGAUACAGGUGACAAUUUUUCUUCCAAUAAUGUGAGCCAUUUUCACGGUGACUGCAACUACCAGAAUCCAUUUUAUGUUUGCUUUCUUGUCGAAAUUUUGUAUUAUUAUCCGUUAUGAUAGCAACAGCUCUAAGAAGAAAUGAAAAGCCACGGUAGUUUUAGUCACUUUUGGAAAAUUGCUUUUUAUUUCAUUUUUUUGCUGUUAAUUACUGUUAGUUCAUACUUAAUCGAACUAACUGCAUUAGUAACUGAAGUGUCCGGAAUAAUGAGCUUGGAAUUAUGGCCCAUUUUUAUUGGCCUGCCUGUGACAAAGCCGCCCAAUCAGGAAAAAAAUGCUUUGUUGUUGGGAUUGCAAAAAGAGUCAAAAUGGGGGAUGGAUCUCUCGGAAAGAGAAGAGUGUAUUAAAAAAGUCUUGAGCAUCAAACGGUAACAACAGAUCCUUCCACUAUUCAACUAAUUUGCAAUAUAAAACAUUUACUAGAGUGUUAAGGUCUCUGAAGCCUUUGAUGUCUUUAUUUUAUGAAACUCAGUUAGAAUCUUAAUACCUUUUCUAGAGAUGACAUCAGUGAGUGAGAGUUCUGCGAAUGUUGUUGAUUAACAGUUAAAAUGAAAUCACCAACUCAUUACCCUAAUACUUUGAACUGGAUCCAUUGAGGGCCAAUUUCAGUGGCUGGUAAUUUUUCAAAAAGUCUGAUGUUAUCUAGUUUGCACCCAUUAACACAUAAUUUAAGUUUAAGUGCUAUUCAUGCUUACGUAAACAAGUAUGCUCAUUCAUGAAGCCUAGAAUCAAAAGCUGAAAAUAUAAACAUACAUUUGAAGCAUUAUGUUAAUCUCUGUAAUGUUUUUGAUAGGAAACUAAGAUGAAUACAGAAGCAGAAUCAGGCCAAGGUUUUGUAAGUAUGCUAUUAUCUACAGGAGAUACACUUUCUCCUGGAGAAAGUUACAGUGUAGUGCGCAUCUUACAGACUUUUUUGUAUGAUGGUCCAUUUUUUAAAGUUUAUAAUAACCUUCAGUUUUACGAAGACCAGUGAUUUUCAUGAUUUCAUGAUUUCAUAGACAAGUAGGGGAAACAUUUGAAUAUUAACCUACAUUUUGUUCAUACAGUUUGGCUAGAUGUGGUAUUACAUUACGGAAGGUUCAUUUGUGAUUUGCAGAUGAUGUAGCUUGAACCCUCAGCCUUAUCCUAACACCUUUGUUUGCAACCCCACGUGCACCUGCAAAUUAAGCCUAGCACCUGACAUUUUUUAUUGCUUCUCCUUUCGAGUGAACUAUACCUUUCUUCCUUAUCAAAAAGAUUAACAGAUGAUUUUUCCAAAAAGUUUUUACAACCAUCUUUUUUUCCCUUGACAAUUAAGAAGAUCUGUUGGAAAAUAUUGCAAACAGGAAGCCAGAGGGAAACAUUUGGCAACCUGCUGGGAAUUGAAUAAAUAUUCAUUCUGAGUUUGCUAUGAGCCCAUGUUUUGUUUGUCAGUCAUUAUCUACGUAUCUGCCAACUCUCCCGGAUUAUCUAGGAGUCUCCCAGUUAGAGCACAAAUCUCCUGGUCUCCCAUACCAGUUACCAAAUCUCCAGAGUGCAUGUAUUAUUACUGACAAGACUUUUUUAUUUUCUUCAAAAAAGGGAAUUUGUAAUUCAUGUAACACUUUGUAUAAGUCCUGAACCACACCCAUAGUAUAACUUUGGACUUGGUGGACUUUUGUUUAUAAGAGGGUGGAGGGGUGGUUGAUAUUGGGGGCUUUGUGAAAGAGACGGUGUCCACAUUUAGGUAUAUAAGUGAUUUCAGUAUAUUCUUCAAAGUUCAGUACUAGUAAACUAUCAAAAUUAAACCUAGUUUAUGGCCCCUUAUAUAUUUUUCACUAAUUAAAGUACUUCAUUUCAAAUUGAUAUCUAUUACCGUUCCUAUUGUAGGUUGCCAUGCCAGCUCCUUCUGGAGUAAAGGUAAAAAAUCAGGGGCACCAAUCGAUAAUAUAGUUCAAAAUCACUUACACAUAGCAUUGUUGAAUGUAUUUUAGUAUUUAAACGGUAGCUAGCUGAAAGUGUAGUGGUCCAAAAAUUAUAGGGUUCAAAACUUACCAUUUCGAAAAUUUCCGCCAGAAAAAAGGCUCCCGAAAAGUCUAGGUGACCUUUUUAGGGUAAAAAUCCGUUAAAAAUGGGCAAUUAUACCAUUUUUUAGAUGUUCGAAAAUCCUAGGAGAGGCAGGCAAGCAAGAAAUUUUUACAACAAAUGUCCCGAAAAUUCUAGAUCUCAAAUCGUCUUCUGAACAGAUAUUUUCCAAUAUUGACAUUGGGUACUCCUGAGAAAUACAUUCUCAUCGGACUAACCUUCAUGCUUGACUGGUCACAUAUAAUAAUAGUGGAAGCUCUGGAAGUGUAUUAGCAUAAUAAGUCUCUGUUGAAGUAAUUUAUUACAUAAAAUAAUGAUCUUGUUUUUUCUUGUCAAUUGUAGAGUACCACUGGAAGUAAUUCAAAUGCCAAGGGUCCUGUGAUUACAAGAGUAAUGAGAGUCAUUGAAUCACCAGGACAUCCUGUAUGUUGAGGCCUAUGUUCUAUUUAUAUAAUGCAAGGUUAUUGUUAUGUGAGGGGGGCAUUUACUGGGUUUCACAACAUAUGUGAAGUGUUGUGCCAGAAUUACUCUCCCUGCAGAUGUCCUCUAUUUCUUUUGCUUCAUUAAGUACGAUAGGGAUGUUAGCAUAGUGGCAUUAUAAACAUUAUGCAAAGGUAAUAGGAGACCUCAGACUGUAUCCAGGCUAGUCAGAAUGAAAGGUGACUUUCAUGGGUUGGUGCUAUUAGUUUAUUACUUUUUUCCUUUUGGGGUUCUUAAAAUUGCAGGUGCAACUAAUAUCUACAGUAACAUAAUAAUUAACAGCAAUUAAAAAAAAAAUGUCAUCUCCGUAUCCACGUGUCCCUGGAUAAGGCAUUGGCAUUUUGAGUGAAGCAUUAGCCCAGCGUCAUUCAAGGUUAGGCAAUGACCCCCAGGCAGCACCAGGGCCCUCCUGUUUUGCAUGUAUGAUGUCAGCUGGAACCCAGAGUCAGCUUAACACAAUAUGUACAUUAGCUGAGGGGUGUACGCUUCAACUUAGGGGCAUGAACACUUUCGUUGAUCUAUUGAUUCUUUUUUAUUUGAAUAUGGUAAUUUCAUAUGAUACAAAACUUCUUUACUUGAAAGCCAAAUUGACAAAGAAGUGUUUUGACACCUCAGGGAUUUAUGGCCAUCUUUAAAAACAGUUCAAGUGGGUUAACCUUUUUCCUUUUGCUUUAGUAUACUAUAAUACAAUGAUGAAUGUUUGGUAUCUCUUGCCUCGAACCACACUUUGUUCAGAAUUUUUACCUGAACCACUUAGAGGAUUUUAUUUUCUGUCAUGAAGCCCAAUAAUACAAUUGAUUUGUCUGUAACUUGCUGUUAUUUAAUGUGAAUUCACCCUGCAGAUUUACCAUAAAGAAGGAUGCAAAUGAGCAACUCUUACCAAUAAUGUGACACCGAAAGCACAUAAUGCAUGACAAAUUAGAUUAAGUUGAUGUCACAUCUUGGCUGCAAUGCAACCACAGGGUGGAGAAAUAAAUAAAUUUAGAGCGCAAAGUGACUAAAUGUGGCAACCAAACUGGAACAUAAACUAUUUUCAUUUGUAUUUGCAUCUCAUUAGGGAGCAGUUGGAGCAGUAGGACCAAAGGGAUUUCAAGGUGACAGAGGAAGAAAGGUCAGGGAAUUGUUUAAACAAAUAGUGAAAGAAUAGAUAUUGCUCUUCAUGUAUUUUGUGGAAAUAGUCACUUUAGAAUACUGACUACUGACACCUGAAGUAAUUAAGCUUCAGCAAAUUCUUCCAACUGUUAUUUAUUUAUUUUUUUAACAAGUUGUCUGUCUUGUCAGGGCCCACUUGGCAUGCGUGGAAAACAUGGUGCCCAUGGCCCUCCAGGUGAGAAGGUAAGCAAGGCUUUUAAAGAAAGACCUCAAAUUAAUUGACGUCUACCUCUAGUCUGUUAAUAGUGUAAAUGUGAUUUGUCAAUCAUUCUUGAUUUCCCUGUCUUCCUAUGUGACCUCAGAGGUGGCAAGAAUUGCUCAUCUCAAAGCCACAUCAUUAACAAGGCAGGAAAUUCUCUCCUCUUCAAGCUAUAUCAGCUUGCCUAAAAGCAACCUAGCAGAUGGAAAGAGGUUGGGAGGGGGGGGAAUAUUGCACAAAUUGAAUAGGGGGUAUCCCUUCCCCCCACCUCUCCCAGGCCUCUAGGAUAAUGCAUGUGUUGCCCUCAAACUAAAAAAAAACUAGUAAAAAAAUUAGUUUUAAUUGUAAGAAUGGCAAAAGUAAGGUAAAAGAUAACUAAUUGUGACAAUUAGUCAGUCUCUUGUACUUUUCCAGUUAGAAAAUAGUUCAUGUUUUCUGCAGGGCAGUCUUGGACUUAAAGGAGACCCUGGAUUUGUUGGACAUCAGGUAAAGAUAGGUAGAUGGUAUGUUGUAAUACCAGACCCAUCAAUUGUAGUAAAAAUAUAAGUAGUACUUGUUUUUGAUGUUUCUUGAAAUUAUUGCUGUGUCUUCCAAAUAAAACUAAAGUAUAGAUACAGGUAGUCUAAUGGAACUAUCAAAAGAAGGUACACCUGUUAACUUUUUCUUAUAGUACAGUCGAACCAUCGCUAACGGCCACUUUUUUUUGUCUCGGCGGACAGUCCAUACAUUGACUCUUGUUUUAACCUCUCUAUAACAGCCACCUCUCUACAACGGCAACGGCCACUAAAGUGCGACCCAAACGCCAUAAUUACCUCUCAACAACGGCCAGUUUUUUUUCAGCAAUGGAUGAAAAAGUCAAGAAUUGAUUCGUAUGGCGCGAUGAAGAUUAAUCGUAGCAAUCGUAUUUUGAUUGUGUUCCAUCUAUACUGCUGCAGUAAACAUAAAUUGUCCACAACACUUAUAACGAAUGUUGCAUGACAACCUUGCUCGUUUUGUUUAUAUUUGACAUUUUGAUUCAAAACAUCAAGUUUGUUCAGCUGUUUGUUUGUGUAUUUUAUUUGGAUUAUCAUUAUGGGAUACAGUAAGCAAGAACUUGACCCAACAAACAAAUCGUACUUCCCUUAAAAAAAAAUUGUCAUAUUACACCCCUGCCUCCCCACAAGUCGGCCACUUUCUUCUGUCCUCAAGGUGGCCGUUGUGGAGAAGUUUGACUGUACUGAGUUUGACAGUCAUGGUACUAUAAGCAUCAAGCGUAUAAAUGUGAGCACAGGUUGCAACCCUGUUUCCUAAGAUAGCCAUUACUAUUUCUUCUGCCCACAAAGUACAACACACUGCAGUUUCACUUAAGUAAAAGUCAGGAUAUGCAUACUCAUGGAAACGUUGGAAUUCCAACGUUAACUUUAACACAGUUAAAGUAAUCAUUUAUUAUUAAUAAAUAUGAACUUAGAAGAACAUCAUACUCUUUAGGGUCGUACUGGAAGGAGAGGCCUAAAGGGACUCCCAGGACCGUUGGUGGGUAUUGAAGGUCUAAAUUCAUAUUUGGUGUGGCAAAACUUUGUACAUUUGCUCAAGUGUUUUUACAUAGAUUAUCUAACCUUAAAAAAAAAUUGAACUCUCUGCCUUGUAAUUUUUAGGUUUUCCCUUUUCUUUAUUUCAGGGAGAUCCAGGUGAACCAGGCAUGGCUGGACUUCAAGGAGCUGAGGGUGCUCAGGUAUAGGCGCUGUAAAUUCUUGCAAUUUGGAACUUGUCAGUCUGCUGUGCAUCCUUUAUAGUGUUUGGUUCUAGAAAAUAGCCAUACGCAUCCAAAUCGUAGAACUGUCAGAUGAUUGGGGACAUCCAAACGGAGAAACAUGGUGAGGGUGUUUUCGGCAAUUCAUAUUUACCAGUGCAUGGUCAUCUGAAAACAAAAUACGUGUUUCCCUUUGUUCAGGUGUCAAUAAGUUAGCACUUUACUCUACGACUGCCUGCAGAACAAUGGAAGUGCACAUUUUUCAUUUUUACUCAGCUGUUGAACGUGGCAUCUUAAAUUAAUUGAGAGUAACAGCGAACUGCUGUAUUGUGUUUUUAUCAUUGUUUUCAAUAGGGUGAAUCAGGCCUGGCUGGUGACCCUGGAGAUCCAGGACCCAUAGUAAGUGUGGAUUCAAUAAAAGUUUUUUACUACUUGCAAAAUGUUAUUCCUUUAUUGUCACUUUCUUUUGUGUUAUAGGGUUUUCCGGGCUCCCGCGGACCCAUGGGACUCCCAGGACAAUCAGGAAAACCUGUAAGUACAUAGUGGUUUACACUUGAAUUAAAAGUGGGCAUAUACCAGUGCCACGUCCUUUCUUUGUAGACAAUAUAGUAAUGCUGUUAUCAACGGAGAUCAUUUAUUUUGAGAGACAUUCCUGAGGGCGCCGAGAAAUUCUUGUGUAGCGCUGGGUUAUGUUCAUAAGCAAUCGAGUAUACUGUACUCAUAAAGAUAAACAAAUAAAGAAACCAGCUGGGAAGAUACUGCCAGUCAGAGUAAUACCAUUUGGGCUUUUCCUUGUACCUUUCUCCUUUCAACAUCUGAUACAAUCAGUAGAUAAUCAUAAAGGAGGAUUUCCAGACAAUCAAUCUUAAUAAUUUGGGGGUAUGUGUGUGAAAGAUUACAUUUACCCUUGAACGUCCGUGCGGAUCUACGUCCGUUUUACCGCUUGUGACGUCAUUAGUUUCAACGGUCACCAACAAGAUAGACAUUCAACUUGUGCAGGGGGAAGAGAUCUUUCGAACCUUAAUGAAAUGAACACGAUUCAGUCAUACAGGUCGGAGAAAAAUGCAGAUAAAUAUAUGACGUUGAACCAAAAAUUCCAAUGAAAACACGGAGAAGGAGGGGAGGAAAGAAAGCAAUAGGUAAACUCGUGUCACUUGUAAACCCCAAAACUCGAAAUUUUACUUUCUGCGCAUCCCCGGACUUGAGAAGCUGAUAUUUAACAUCAGUGACAAAAGAUCGAGAAGUACUUGACUUGUAAACAGCGUUUUGGGCAGUUAUGGUGCGUUUUGGCCUGACAGUCACUAGAAACGAUCCAAUCAGCUUUAAAACGUUGCAAGGGAAGGUUUUGAGAGAAGUCUGGACAAGAUUUAGGUGAAAUCGGCAUUUAUUGCCUCCUCCCAGAACAAUAAGGGAAUAAACACACAAAGUUUUAUAUUAUACUUAGAGUGAGGAUUAAAUCACUCCUAUUAUUCAAUAAAUGUAAUUACUUUUAUUUUCUCUAAGGGACCCCAAGGGCCACCAGGUCCUAGAGGAUUUCCUGGACAUGAGGCAAGUGUCAAACUGCAAAUGUAAACUUCAUGGACUGCCUUCUUUUCCCGGCAGUUUAUGGUUGUAUUUCCUAAAUGUCAAUUUUUUUCUUAGUACCUUCUUUUUUCUUUGUUAUUCGUGACAAAAUGGGACGUGCAAAAAAAAAUGUACACUCGACACUAAAUGCAAAGGAUAAAUAUAUUUCUAAAUAGUUUCCUAAUUGGUAAUUGAAAAGAAAAAAGGCAUGGAGCAACAGAAUAGCCAUCUACUGCAGUCUCCAACGCACGAACUAACUAAUGAGCCAACAAAAUAACUGUAACGGGCUUCUGAUAUCUUUCUGAAGCACGUUAGAGUCAAGGACAACAGCAGGUCGUGUUUAUUAUACGUUUUGAGGGUGAUACCGUAACAAGGCUGACAUGUAAUAUUCAUAGGCGUAUAGAGGAAAGUAGAGUUAGUCACUCAGUGAAUUUCUUGUUUUAAAUGUGUAACACUACUAUUAUUUUUUCAUAAAUAGUAGUAGUGUUACAUUUGAGCACAGUGCAUCUACAUGUAUAACCCAGAACCAUCUAAAAUCAAGGAAAUUGUGAGAAUUUUUCCUGACUGCUAUCGUCAUACCAAUUUAUCAGGGAGAACGUGGACAGCACGGACCCGAAGGGAACCUCGGUAAAAGAGGAGCAAAAGUAAGAAGACAUGUUUCAAUGAUUCUACAGUUUGCUUUACAGUUGUUGUUUUAAGUAAUCAUAAUGUUCCUUAUGCGGCAUUGCACAUUGUCAGACUAUCAAACACCAAAAUACUAUAUAAUUAUUCUAAUGCGAAGUAAGUGAAAUAGUAGAACUUCUGUUGUUUGAAGGUUGAAAAAAUUAAUAAUGUUUAAUGGCAGUCUGAAAUGUUGUUUGUUAUUUUAAGAAGGCAUUUAAUGUGGUUGUUUGGCUCAGGUGUUUUGUUUUCUUUUUGUUUUUGUUUUUGUUUUUUUUUUUCGCAAACUGAGCUCUAAUUGGAAAUAUUCAUUUAAGACCCGCCUUCCUUGAAAAUAGGUAGCACAAUUUCAUUAUAACAGGGAGGUUGUGCAACUGCGACAGUCACAGCAGCGAAAACGUCACUUAGAAAUUGUCGUUAUAUGUUAACGUCUUCCAGAAACGUGAAACUACGAAACUUCACCGAACAUAUGUAAAAGUGUGAUAUACGUGAAGAGUUGUUGUUUCCUUAUUAAACCUAUUGUUUUUUGACGUCCUGGUUGCCGCCGCCGUCGGGGUGGUGUAAGUUCUCUAAAAACUGGUAGUAACUACACCAUUGUGUUUAAAUAAUGGAUCGUUACGGUGCUUACUUUGUUGUGUUAUUUUAUGGCCAGGGUACGCCCGGUAGUCGUGGUUUCAUUGGAGCAAAAGGCAAAAAGGUAUUUUGUAUACCGCUGAAGUGUAUAACUUAUAUUCCACGAGCCAUAGUGCCUGAAAACAUCCCUUUUUAUAAAAACUGUUUACGAGAUAAAUGUGACUUGUGGUGUGUGCGUUAUUUACGUUGGAGCAAGGUGUUUGUGUGAGCUCUUAUCUUAGAGAUAUGGAAGAUACUGCUAAGUCCAGUGUUUUCAACUGGCUGGGCAGUCCAUACGGGUAACGAACCUUGAACCAUGAAAUUCAUGGGGAUGGAGGUAGAUGUCCUUUGAUUCCAGCAUUUUUGUAAAACUCGAGCAGAAAAAAUACGUUGCAGUGGAUGUGUCAUUUGUGAUUCCGACCCGUGAAUGAUAGAGGCCUUGUUAAAGGAGGCCAUGCUAGAGCAUUUGGUUACAUAUGCUACGCCUUGUGCUUUGGAUUGGUAUUGUUACCGAGCCUGUCAGGCGUGAACGUCUUGAGGGACCUUGUAAUUGACUACGAGCAGAUGAUUUGUUCAUCUGCGUUGCUGAUGAAUGUCAACAGGGUGGUAAGCACCACUGUGGAGGAUUUUAAGGAGCAGUACACAUCUUGUCAGGUUUAAGGUGUUUCUCUACGCUGGAUAUUGAGUGUGGAUAUUGGCAGAUAGAGUUAUAGACGAAUAACAAGAAAUGGAGGGUGUUUUUCCUGAAAGAGGCCUGUGGUAUUGCCGGGCUGAUGACAUCAUAGUUCUUGUUGUUGAUAUACACUGAAUUUCAGCGUUGCAAAAUAAGUCUGGCGUUCCAAGAGACGGUUAUGAAUAAAAGAACAGUUUGCUCCAAUUUUAAUAUAUCCAGAUGUCGUUAAGUCGUAGGUGUUAAAUACACAUGUAAACAAGUCUAGAUUGAUGGCCAAAAGCGCGAUCAGAAGAGGCAAAGUAUCGCGUAACAACAUAUGGAACGGUUAUUUGUUUUUGUGGUGAUUAAACACUUUAAGCUAUACCUGUGCGUGAUUCAAUACCAGUAUAAAACUAGAUGAAAGUGUCUUAAGCGGUUGUUCAACUUUAAUAAAGCACCUUUAGGGUCAGAUAGCUAAGUAGCCAGUAAAGCCGCAGGCACACAAAUUUUUUUUCGUAGAAUAUUCAUGAAAGCAGAUCUAAGUUCUCAGAGAAGGGAAAUGCUUUUGUUCUUGUGAACCAACAUGUCUCCCAUGACGUCAGCUACAAACCAGCCGAAGUGAGCCUAAAAUUUUUUCUAGGCACUUAGCUACCUGAAGAUUACGAUCUAGAAAGAGUAGUAGCCACCCCAAAGCUGUGUUUUGAGGUCUUGGUGAGUACUGAAUUAUACAGCGUCAUGGGCGUGUGCUUGUUUUUAUUAUGGCCCUGUUUGCACUUACAAAACUUUGUUUAUUUGCAAAAAAAUGUGUCAACAGCAAGCCAUUUCUAGCGCGAACGAUCUUUUUCAGCCAUCAAAAUUUUCUGAAGUGUCACCAAACUUCAACGAUGCCGUCGUGAAGUUUUGGAGGCCUACACUUCUUUUUCAGGUGACAAAAUCCUUUGUUCCUUGACAGUUAUCCUUCGUUGGGUCAUCUUAUUUUGCCUGCAUGACCAAUUAGAAUUUCUUCAAUUGACGUUUCUGGUUAUACGAAAAAAUUUGCUUGUUUCGGAUGCGAACAAGGUUGCAAAAACAAAAUGUUGGUGGUUACAAAAUUUUCAUUACUGUUUUUUGCAAGCGCCAAACUCUAUUUUUUGUCGUAGUGCAAACGAGGCCUAUGGUUAUGAUUUUCAUAUUUGUUAACCAUUUAUAUUAUGUUUCCAGGGAAUUCCUGGUGUUAAAGGUGCUAAGGGAGGACAUGGUGAAAAAGGGCAUAAGGUAUUAUAUUACACGGGAUACCAGUUUUCCUAGCAUACUCACUAGGAUAGUUUUGCCUCUGGCAGUCACGUUAUUGUUAACAUCUGUGCUGUAUCUACUUGGAACUACAUUUAACUGAAAAUGACAAAUAAAUACCAUUAAAAUAAUGUUUUCCUGCCUUCAGAGGAGUUCAUCUGAGAUUAAAUUGUGAACUUACGUUGACCUUCAGAAGUUGUGUUCAGAGAUAUGUCUGCCCUUAAUAAGCGUCCACUUAAGAAAUUUAACCACAAGUUUACCAUCAGAUGCAUCAGCAGGAUUGACUACCUCUUUACUCUGUUUACUAGGGUAUUUCUGGUCCGGCUGGAAUAAGAGGUGAACAAGGUUUACCAGGAGCAAAGGUAAGAUCAGUACAUGUAUUCUUUCUGAGGUUUUUAUUGGUGAGACAAACCAGCGCACGUUGUAUUAUGAUGUUUAGCUGUCAUCGUGUAACUUAAGUCUGUUUUUUAUAGGGCCCACCAGGAGAUCCAGGGGGCAAAGGUUCUCCAGGAUUGCUAGGUCACAAGGUACAUCUUGAACUUGAUGUUUAUGCUGUCAUGGAAGCGUACAUGGAAAUAUCUUGUUAAACAAAACGUGAUUUACCUUUCUCAUAACUUCAACAGAAAAAUGCACCUCUAUUCUGCUGUUACACUCAAAGUGUUUUCUUGUCUAAACCUGAAACGCUUAAAAAAGACGGUCAGCGUGUUUCAGGUGUGGGUUUUGGGAUAAGUAUAUGGGGCAUAUAAUUAAGCUGUGCGAUAUCACUGAACAAGAUGUUCAAUGACCGUGGUAGCUCAAAAAUGGAUCGUUUCUGGUAUUGUUGUGUUUGGCAUUGAUACUGAAUGUCAGCAUGAUUUAAAGGAUUCUCAAAAAGACCUGGUAUCAGUCAGCGUGUAUUCUUUAGUACGUUGCGGCUUCUUAAAGUCUUAGUUUUCAUCUGACUGGUGACAAAAAUUGUCGCAAAUCGUUACCUACUUGACCAUGCUUUGACAGCCACUUCAACAAAAGAAAGGUGAUGUCGUAGAGGAAACAACAACACUCUANCAAAGGUUCUCCAGGAUUGCUAGGUCACAAGGUACAUCUUGAACUUGAUGUUUAUGCUGUCAUGGAAGCGUACAUGGAAAUAUCUUGUUAAACAAAACGUGAUUUACCUUUCUCAUAACUUCAACAGAAAAAUGCACCUCUAUUCUGCUGUUACACUCAAAGUGUUUUCUUGUCUAAACCUGAAACGCUUAAAAAAGACGGUCAGCGUGUUUCAGGUGUGGGUUUUGGGAUAAGUAUAUGGGGCAUAUAAUUAAGCUGUGCGAUAUCACUGAACAAGAUGUUCAAUGACCGUGGUAGCUCAAAAAUGGAUCGUUUCUGGUAUUGUUGUGUUUGGCAUUGAUACUGAAUGUCAGCAUGAUUUAAAGGAUUCUCAAAAAGACCUGGUAUCAGUCAGCGUGUAUUCUUUAGUACGUUGCGGCUUCUUAAAGUCUUAGUUUUCAUCUGACUGGUGACAAAAAUUGUCGCAAAUCGUUACCUACUUGACCAUGCUUUGACAGCCACUUCAACAAAAGAAAGGUGAUGUCGUAGAGGAAACAACAACACUCUACUUAACGUACUGGAAAUUACCUUAUGACAAAGUUUCGGUGAUACUCAGACAACGAUUAAAACACUUUUCAAGGUAAAAUGUGCUUCAUUGUUUUACCUUGCUCUAAUAAUUCUAUUCCCCAGCAGCAUUUUGUGUCAUGAAAGAUCUCAAAAUUUAACAUAAAUGAUGUCAUUAUUUUAGGGCAUGCCUGGAAAGCCAGGAAGAGCUGGAACACAUGGUCUUAAAGGAACGUUGGUAAGCUGUUAUUCACAGCCUCACUUGGUUGUAUUAAACAAGAUGCGGUGAAACGAAUUACUUUUGGGGUGAUAAUAGGUCUAGUCACUUAACCUAGUGAGUUAAUAUUUAACGUAGAUUGAGUGUUUCUAUACCAUGAAAGCUUCCUAUUUUUUUAUUGUCUAGGGUCCUGUUGGUGAACCUGGAAUGUCGGGCCUUAAAGGAAACAAGGGAGAUAAGGUUCAUUUGCUUUGCAAUGGUACAAACAAUGUUAGGAAAACACCCAGCUACCAUUAUAGACAUGAUGACCAAUUUUUUCGUUUUAUUAGGGAGACAUCGGUCGCCGUGGUUUCCGUGGAAGACGAGGAGAAAGAGUACGCUUCUUUUUUAGUACCAGUAAUAUGAUAUUUUUUUUUCGCUAUAGCCCGACUGAGAGAAGUACCAAGAGACUGCGAGGAGAAAAAAUGUAAAAACAAAAUGCGUGGUAUAGAUUGAGUGCAAAGUGAAAAUCUCUUGGGAUUGUUUUGCGCAUUUUUCCACCUGCCUGGUUAAGCAACCCAAUAAUCAGUGAUUCCGUAGAACGUUGCCUUGCUUUCUGUUUUUCGUUUUUGGUUUUUGGCUAUUUGGAAUGUUUUGUAUUUGUCUAGCUCAUAAUUCACCAUUCCAAAAGUAUAAAGGAGUCAAGUGCCUAAAUAUGAGUCUUGUAGAACAGACAUCUUAUGCGUACGGUUCUUUCACGGGAAAAAGUAAGUAACGGUAAGCAUAACAGUUAGACUUAUAUGUGCUCAUUUCUCGCUGUUUAGGGAGAUCCUGGUAGAAAGGGCCGACAAGGCUACAUGGGAUUACAUGGAGAAAAGGCAAGAACGUUUUAGAACCGCAUCCAUUAACUACUGCUGCGUUUUAUAUGAAGUGGAAUACUCAGAAAUAAUUUUCGUUUUGAACAACAAAAAAAAAAUAAAUGAAGAACCUGGUUUGUGGCAUAUUUUGAUCUGUGGUGCUUUGAAUUCAGGUUUCCAUGGUUUCUUUUUUUCCUAUUUGUAGGGUUCAGAUGGCACCAUUGGAGAGCCUGGUCCACAGGGUCUAAUGGUAUGACAUAUUUGUAAUACAUGUUACAUUUGUGUCUCAUUGCGAGCCAUACAGCUGUAGAUACUAUAUAUCGUGUCUACACUUCUAACUGCGCUCACUUUAUAAAAAAAAAUAGAAAGUCACCUCGUUUUUGCUUAAGUUUUGCAUCGCGAUUUUUGUGUUUUGCUAAAAGUCUCGUGUAAAGCAUUCUUGGCCCCGGGGACAUUCAAGUUCUGAUUCUAGUUCUUGCUGUCAGCGUCCUUUGGGAUUAUCUGUAGUGAUGAGAUUUGUUUUUGUUCGAACGCUUGUUUGUUUGGACGCUUUAUAACUCUCCUUGUGUAAUGGGAUGGUCACAUAUUCAGGAAUGACAAGCAAUUUUGUUUUUGGUAAAUAGCCAGUUUACCAAUGGAUGUUAUAUUUGUUUUAGGGAAAGCCUGGUGCUAGAGGGACUCUUGGUGAUCCUGGACCAAGAGGACCUGAGGUAAGAUGGUUUGAAAAACGGUGUAUUUCAUUUCUAUCAAAAUGAACGUGCAUACUGUCUCUGUCCCUAUCAGCCAUGUGCAAGUUGACUUGUUAAAUUUGAUUUGAUAAAUUAAUACUUAAACUUCAAUCGUUUUUUGGUUGUUUUCGUUUCAGGGAUUUAUAGGUCCUAACGGCACAUUUGGUGAGGAAGGAAAACCUGGACCUAGGGUAUGCAUACUUUAACCUUAAAUCUAGAAAGAGAAAUUUUCAACUAAAAUGUGAGCAACUGUUAUUAUCGUUAAAGGAUAACGCUAUUAUCGGUAAUUUUUGUAGGGCCUUCAUGGGAAACCUGGUGACCAAGGCCAACAUGGUGCAAAAGGAAGAAAUGUAAGGGCCGUGUUUAUGCGUUUAUGCAAUAUCCCUGUUAGUUGAAGUAUAUUAGGCUUACAUUGCCAAACAAUUACCAGACUAACUCAUUCACCCAUUUACUUAAUCUUAUAUUUGCCUUUCUCUUAAGUUACUGCCAUCUACCAGCCCGAUUGUUCUUUCUUUUGAUCAUCAGUGAAUCAUUUCUCUUGUUUUUUGUUCGUUCGAGUGUCCAGGUUCUUCUUUCAUUCCGCCAAUUAUUCACCAUUCUUUUUUUCUCUUUGUAGUCAGUUGCGUAGUUAAAACAGGUCCUGAAUUGUAUUCUUACUUCGUUAUCUGUAACUGGUUUUUGGUACUUUAAAGGGAGCUACUGGAACCCCUGGACCAGCUGGAGAAGGUGGACCUCAAGGAGAUCAAGUAAUACUCCAUGAACUGUGUAACGAUAUUUUGCUUUGUAAAUAGCCAAGUAAAUAAACCUUAGUACAUAUUUAACGAAAUGAGUUUCAAAAACACUUUUCAUAAACUUUUGUAACUAUGGCUACUGAUCAGAAAUUUGCUUAUCAGGGUGAAGUAGGCGCCAAAGGAUUACAGGGCAAAGUCGGUGAUCAAGGAAAACUGGUAAGUUUAAUUUAUAUUUCGUAGAGCCGCUUUUGAAUGUCUUUUUGUAAUAGAACUAUUGUCCAUUUUUCAAUUAGAGCUGAAAUAUCAACCUGUAUUAAGGACCUUUAAUGCGUGAAUCACCCUCAUAACAACAGAUUUAUUCAUUAAAAACUUUAGGGACCUAAAAUGUUGAAAAAAAGCCUUCUUAACGCUGGAAGAUACCUUAGAAUGAUUGUGUGUAGAGAUAAUGGAACGUUUAAUGUUUUCUUUUUAUCUUUUUAUUGUAACUGAUAGUGAAAAGGUCUUCUUUAUAUCUGUUACAGUACUAUCAUUAAAUACCAUUUUGCCGGUUUCUUUUAAAUAAUUUUUAGAUCAAUACAAUGAUCACGUCUAAUUACUCAACUGGUUUUUAAAAUAGUUUUUCUGUUGCCAUAUUUUUCCUAAAGGGUGUUGUUGGCCCCCCUGGCGAAACAGGUGCUGAUGGAUUGAUGGUGAGAAAAUAUUUUGAUGAUUGUAGUUAGAUGUCUUAUGUAGAACUCUUUAAUUGCGUCCAUCACUAACUGCACAUCAUUCUUACUACUUCAUCUCAUUCUUCUGCUCUUGCUGACCACUGUUUUAGUUUAUGUAGUGGAAUUGACGCAUUUAGUCAAGUUUCACGUUACUACACUCCAAAAAUUACAUUCAGCUUCGCUUUCCUUUUUCAGCUAUUUUAUUUAUCCGAAUAGUUACUUUUGCCAAGUCAAUUAACUGUUAAGUCGUGACAAAAGUAACACCUCUUUAUUCGGCUGCCACACAAGCACAUUUAACAGCUUCCAAUGAAGAAUGGCUCUGUCCGUAAAAAUUGUUUCCUAACAUAAUAGCAGUCUGUGUUUACUUCUGUUGUUGUUGUUGUUCAUCACAAUUUGGUAGAUAUUUCAAAGAAGAAGAAUUUGCGAUUGAAAUCCAAGAACAAACUGUGGCAGCUCUUAUAAGGAGGCAUCGGACUCUUCACUUCUUUUCUCCUUUACUUCUAUCGAUCUUGGUACUUAAUCUGUCUUCACUUGUCUUUCCUAGGGAGAAAAGAAAGAGAAGAGUCCGACUUGCAAAUGCGUAGAGCUUUUGGACUUCGUUACAGGUUUCUGUAAGACAGUUAUAGAAUAGAACUUUAUCUCAGUGUUUUAUCUGAUGGCAGUUUCAAACCGAUAUUUGGGGGACGCUAUUAAAACAAUGAGCACUUCUUGUAAAAAUAAAACAAAAAUAAAAAAAGCGUGAACAUGCAACAGAGGAAAUGUGUUUGAUUUGGUAUGUCUGGUAUGACAGUUCUUAUUGACAUAUUUCUUAUAAAUGAUCACGUUCCCCGACAAUUUAAGCAUGGCAUCUUUAUUAAAGAUGUUGAACGUUUUACUUUUAGACUAGUUAUCACUUUAGAUGAUGUCAAUUUGGACUAAAUUAUCAAAGAGAAAACUGCCGUACUGUCGUACUCGUAUGUGAAAAGGUAUUCCCUCCUCUCUCAACAUCUUCCCAACUGAAUUCUUUUUCACAUAUUACAAAGCCAGGAGUAUCAACGUUAUUGAAGCUUUAGGAAUUGCUUGUUUGAUCUUAGUGUAAGACAUAUUUAUUGUAGGGUCCACGCGGUGAGGAUGGGAAAGAAGGAAGCACAGGCGAUCCCGUAAGUUGCCUUUUACCGCCUUCUACAAAUCUGGAAACCCUUUUUGCAAGUUGUAGUAAGGAACUGAAUGGAGCUAUCGAUAUACCACCUCUAACAUGUUGUUGUCCAAAGCAUUCGCCACUUGCACAUCUCCCAAAACGCACCUUGUUUUACCCCCCGCCCCCCUCCCCCAAAUUUUGUAUAAGCAUUGUUUUUAGUUUCUCCUGGGACGGCUGUAAUACCUAGGGGAAAUGAAAAACAAUGGUUAUGCAUAAUUUGGGGGGGCGGGGGAGCAAACAAGGUAUAUUAUGGGAGAUGUGAAAAUGGCGAUCCAUUUAGUUUAAUUAAAAAAGUGCAAGAAAUAAUUCACGUAACCCUAACUGUUUCUCUGCAAAGUUGCCAGUGGGAAAUGAGAACUGGACGAUCUUAAUGCUUAUUAGCUACGAUAUUUACCUAUACAAACAGAUAGGCAAUUAUUAAAAAAGUGAUAAAAAUUGUUGUCUCCUUUCCAGGGCAUUAUGGGUCCUCCAGGAUUCGAGGGACUGAUUGGCUUACCGGGGCCACAGGUAAAGAAAUGCUAUUUAACCUGUUACCUCUAAAUAUGAAUUGACGUUAAGUAAUCCCAUAGACGUCAACAUACUCUCCAAUCAUGUAGACGAAAUCCUCGUCAAACGUUUAAAUAUUGUUGAAAGAUAUCGCACCAGUUUUGUAAUAUUGGAAUUAUCAAUAUUGACUUUAGAUCCAUGAUCAUAGGGUCCGCGUGGUCCACUGGGUAAUCCUGGCCUGGCAGGGACUGAUGGAGAUCAGGUUGGUUAUUUUGCUUGUAGCGUUGUUUUUAGUGUUGUUGUGAAGGUUUUUAAGAUUGAAAUUAAAUUAAAUCGUUUCAUUCUUUGGGACGGGUCCUCUUUUUGCCAGUAAUUCCACAAUUAAGCUGACUGAGACCAUAGACCAUAGUCACUUUCCUGACCUUGCUCCUCAUCCAGUUGUUACAAUUGUAAGGACUACCCUUGAGUCUUAGGACACCAAUUCUCGUAAUUUCUGACGAUUUGCAUCAUUUUGUAGGGCUAUUAUGGACCCAUAG